CACCUGCUAGCUAGUUCGCAUUGCUUGGCACAGCAGUGUCGCGCGCCUCAGCUAACGUUAACGUCAACCUCACCGCCUUAUCGUAUUCUCCUUCAACACAUCGACAACCCAACGACCCAACCUCCGCUUCACUAACCACUUCCCAAUUUCAUUUCCUCACGACCCGACGAGAUAUCGUAAUCCAUAUAACUCCCGCAGAACACAAUGGCGACAAAACGAAAGCUAGAGCCAACUGUCGAGGAAGAAGUGAUCGAUGAAUCCGACAACCUCACUUUUCUCUGCCUCGGAGGCGGCAAUGAAGUCGGACGGUCGUGUCACAUCCUUCAGUAUAAAGGCAAGACGGUGAUGCUGGACGCCGGAGUACAUCCCGCAUACGACGGACUCGCUGCGCUACCCUUCUACGACGAGUUCGAUCUGAGCACGGUCGAUGUGCUGUUGAUCAGUCAUUUUCACCUAGACCAUGCUUCCAGCCUGCCGUAUGUCAUGUCAAAGACUACGUUCAAGGGGCGCGUCUUCAUGACACAUCCGACGAAGGCCAUUUACAAGUGGUUGAUCCAGGACAGCGUUAGAGUAGGGAAUGUCCACAAUACCGCAGACAGCCUAUACACCGAAGCAGAUCAUCUGGCUUCAUACAGUCGGAUAGAGGCGAUAGACUACCACACGACACUGACGCAUUCCGGAAUUUCGAUAACACCCUAUCAUGCUGGACAUGUUCUCGGUGGUGCUAUGUUCAUGGUUGAGAUCGCAGGCUUGAAAAUCCUCUUCACCGGAGACUAUUCCCGUGAAGACGAUCGGCAUUUGGUGUCCGCCGAGGUGCCACCUGUCAAGCCGGAUAUUCUCAUCUGCGAGUCCACUUAUGGAACCGCUUCGCACAUGCCACGACUGGAGAAGGAAGCACGGCUAAUGAAAUUAACGACAGAGAUCCUGGGCCGUGGAGGCCGGGUAUUGAUGCCAGUGUUUGCACUGGGCCGAGCACAGGAGCUUCUAUUGAUCCUCGACGAAUACUGGGAAAAGCAUCCCAAGUUCCAGCAAUACCCGAUCUACUACGCAAGUAAUCUUGCCAGGAAAUGUAUGGAUGUAUACCGGACGUAUAUCAACACCAUGAAUGAUAAGAUAAAGAGAGUCAUGUUCGAGGGGGAGGGCAGGAAUCCAUGGGAUUUCCGAUGGGUCAGAAGCUUGAAGAAUAUUGAGCGAUUUGACGACGUAGGAGGAUGCGUCAUGUUAGCCAGCCCUGGUAUGCUCCAAAACGGUGUAUCUCGCGAACUCCUUGAACGAUGGGCGCCAGACCCACGCAAUGGCCUUAUCAUCACUGGUUACUCGGUCGAAGGCACAAUGGCGAAGCAGAUCGUCACUGAACCGCACGAGAUUGCGGCCGUCAUGACGUCUAACCGCUUCGGCGGCCGUCGCAAUGAUCCAGAUUCACAGAUCAUGGUGCCGAGACGCAUGAGCGUGGAAGAGCUGUCAUUCGCUGCUCACGUCGACUACAUCCAGAACUCUGGGUUCAUCGAAGAGGUCGGGGCCAAGGUGGUGAUCUUGGUGCACGGUGAAAAGAACAACAUGGGACGGUUAAAGAGCGCCUUGUUGAGUAAGAACCACGAAAAGAAGGAAGCAGACAGGAUCAAGAUCUACAAUCCGAAAAAUUGCGAGGAGCUCAGAAUUCCAUUUAGAGGAGAGAAGUUCGCAAAGGUUGUCGGCAAGCUCGCUCAGAAGCCUCCAUCGAUGAACCCAGCGGCCCUAAAAGCGAAGGACCAAAUCAUCUCCGGCGUGCUGGUACAGAGUGACUUCAAGUACUCUCUCAUGGCGCCCGACGACCUCCGUGAGUACGCAGGUCUGACUACCACGGUUGUGACCUGCAAGCAGCGCAUUCCCAUGCACGCUGCUGGACUGGCCUUGAUACGCUGGAGUUUGGAAGGCAUGUUCGGUGCUGUCGUUAACCUGGAGGACGAUUUUGUCGACGACGAGGAGCCUGAGGCGAAGGUGGAGGAAGAAGACGAUGACGAAUACGACCCCGAGAAGGACCUAGCGAAUGACAGCGACGGCAACAAUUCGGAUGAGGAGAUUUACGGCGACAAGGGAAAGUUCACAGGCAGGACAUUCAGGAUCAUGGACUGCAUCGUCGUUCGUUGCCACAAAGGGUACGUCGAGAUGGAAUGGGAGGGCAAUGUUCUCAAUGAUGGAAUUGCGGAUGCUGUCAUGGCCAUCUUGCUGAACUUGGAGAGCUCUCCGGCUGCCGUGAAAUACUCCGCGUCGAAGGCCCCUCCUCACAAUCACCACGGCGGUAGCAGAGACCUUUCCAGCAUCAAGAAUGCCUCACCCCACGCCCAUAUCACCGCCGAUCAACGUCUACAGCGCCUGUUGAUGUUCCUGGAAGCGCAGUUUGGCGAUUGUGUUGAGCCUCUCGAGCCACCCAAGCUCGACACCGAGAUGGAGAAUGGCGGCGAAGAGUCCCUUGCUCUCUCCCUCGCAUCUGACAUAAAGUUUUCCCCCGGCGUCAAGGUCACCAUCGACACAUUAGUCGCCAAGGUCUACUUCGAGACGCUGGAGGUCGAGUGCAGGAAUGAGAGCUUAAGGAUGAGGGUUAAAGCUGUCGUCGAGAGGGCGGUGGAGACGAUUGCACCUUUUGUCGACCUGGUCGGUGUGUACUAGUACUACAAGUAUAAUGACCAGGGUGACGAGGUUAAGGAAGGGAUAUGAAUCGUACUUCACAUGAUGUUGUUUUUUGCCCUGUUUGUUUGGGUCCGGCUGUAUCUAACUUUGUUUUGUUGUGGGGUUCUGCAUCUGUUUUUACCACCUGCUACUAUUCUGCCAGUAAUUAUAUCUGGGUGCCCUAGCUUUACAUGAUUCCGAC